UGCGCAUGCGCGUUGCGCAGGUCUCCUCGUGAUGAUGACAGCGGAUGACAGCCAGAGUUCCAGUCGGUUGGCUUGAUAACUCCUCUGGGACCGAGUAAACAGCGCUCUGUGGAUACAUCGCGGGGUCCUACCACACCUUAACGAACCAGCUCCUAGCCUCUGUGCCCACCUGAGCCUGGGAAGAUGGUGAAGCCAGACAUCCACACGCUGGCCCACCACCUUAAGCAGGAGCGGCUGUACGUGGCCUCUGAGAAGCAGCUGAUCCAGCGGCUGAAUGGGGACGUGCUGAAAACGGCAGAGCGGCUGUACCGCGCUGCAUGGAUCGCCAAGCAGCAGAGGAUCAACCUGGACCGCCUCAUCCUCACCAGCGCCGAGGCCUCACCCUCCGAAUGCUGUCAGCACGCCAAGGUGCUGGAGGACACGCAGUUUGUGGACGGCUACAAGACGCUGGGCUUCCAGGAGAGCAUCUACGGAGAGUUCCUGGCCAGGCUGAGGGAGAACCCCCGGCUGGUGGCGUCCUGCCUGGUGGCCGGACUCGGAGAGAGGCAGAACCAGGAUCACAGCCAGGGGGUCGUCCACACCGUCUUCACCUCCCUCUAUGGCAACUGCAUCAUGCAGGAGGACGAGAGCUACCUGCUGCAGGUGCUGCGCUACCUGGUGGAGUUCGAGCUGAAGGAGAGCGACAACCCGCGGCGGCUGCUGCGGCGCGGCAACUGUGCCUUCAGCGUGCUCUUUAAGCUCUUCUCCGAGGGCCUGUUCUCCGCCAAGCUCUUCCUCACCGCCACGCUCCACGAGCCCAUCAUGCAGCUGCUGGUGGAGGACGAGGACCACCUGGAGACGGACCCGGCCAAGGUGACGGAGCGCCUCACGCCCGCCCAGCAGGAGCGCUUCGGGGAGAAGGGCUCGGAGGGCUACCGGCAGCGGGUGCAGGCGGCGGUGGACGCCAACGAGGCCAAGCUGGUGGCGCUGGUCAACAAGUUCAUCGGCUAUCUGAAGCAGAACACCUACUGCUUCCCGCACAGCCUGCGCUGGAUCGUGUCACAGAUGUACAAGACGCUGUCGUGCGUGGAGCGGCUGGAGGUGGGCGAGGUGCGCACCAUGUGCACGGACCUGCUGCUCACCUGCUUCAUCUGCCCGGCCAUUGUCAACCCCGAGCAGUACGGCAUCAUCUCGGACGCGCCCAUCAACGAAGUGGCCCGCUUCAACCUCAUGCAGGUAGGACAACUUUUGCAACAACUGGCGAUGGCCGACGAUGAUGGAGACCCCAGGAGAAAGAGCAGCUUGUCCAAAUUUGACAAGAGUUGCGUAGCUGCCUUCCUGGAUGUGGUGAUUGGUGGGAGAGCAGCGGAGACCCCGCCCAUGUCCUCGAUGAACCUAUUAGAGGGCCUGAGCAGGACGGUGUUCUACAUGACUCACGGUCAGCUGCUGACCAUGGUGGACUUUGUGCGCAGCGUGACCGCGGGCGACCAGCUGAGGGAGGAGGAUCACGCCCUCCUGGAGACGCUGGUGGCCACCGUGCCCCUGUCCCGCACCGUGAAGAGCAACAGCCUGGAGAUCACACCCUCCAACACGCCCCAGCUGUCCCCGGCCACCACCCCCGCCAACAAGAAGAACCGCCUCCCCAUAGCGGGCUGUGGCUAUUCAUUCCCAGCCACGGCCCGGAGCCGCAGUCGUACCAACAUCGCCCAGGAGGGGGAGACAGAGGCCAGCUCCCAGGAGUCGGUACAGGAAGUGAUGCCAGAGGAGGUGUUGGUGAUCUCACUGAGCACGGGGCCCCAGACGGUCCCCGGGAUGAUGUCAGAGAAUGAGGUGCUGAACCUGCAGAUGACAGACGGGCCCCAGGGCGACGCCCAGGCCGACGACACCAAGCAGCACGGCAAGCCGGAUAAGACGCUGCGCUUCUCCCUCUGCAGCGACAACCUGGAGGGCACCUCCGAAGGUCCGUCCAACCGCUCCAACUCAGUGUCGUCCCUGGACCUGGAGGGGGAGUCGGUGUCAGAGCUGGGCGCCGGGCCGUCGGGCAGCAACGGGGUGGAGGCCCUGCAGCUGCUGGAGCAUGAACAGGCAACGACUCAGGACAACCUGGACGAUAAGCUGCGCAAGUUUGAGAUCCGAGACAUGAUGGGUCUGACAGACGACCGAGACAUCUCAGAGACAGUCAGCGAGACCUGGAGCACGGACGUGCUGGGCAGCGACUUCGACCCCAACAUGGAUGAGGACCGCCUGCAGGAGAUCGCAGGGGCGGCUGUGGAGAACAUGCUGGGCAGCCUGCUGUGCCUGCCAGGGUCCGGUUCGGUGCUGCUGGACCCCUACGGCUCCACCAUCUCUGAGACCACCAGCGAGCCCUGGAGCGUGGAGGUCCUACCCAGCGACUCAGAAGCAGCUGACCUGAAGCAGGAGGAGCGGCUGCAGGAGCUGGAGAGCUGCUCGGGGGUGGGCAGCACGUCCGAUGACACGGAGGUCAGAGAGGUCAGCUCCAGGCCCAGCACCCCAGGCCUCAGCGUGGUCUCAGGCAUCAGCGCCACCUCAGAAGACAUUCCCAACAAGAUCGAGGACCUGCGGUCCGAGUGCAGUUCGGACUUCGGGGGGAAGGACUCUGUGACCAGUCCGGAUGGGGAGGAGGCGGGCCAUGGGGCACACCAACUGACCUCUCCACCCUCGCAGACGGACUCUCUGCUGGCCAUGUUCGACCCUCUGUCCUGUGACGGCUCCUCCACUGGCACCAUCGUGAGGCCCAAGGUGCACUACGCCCGGCCCGCCCACCCUCCCCCGGACCCCCCCAUCCCCGAGGCCUACGCACUGGGCCAGGAGCCCCGCCACAGCAUGUUCACGCCCCACGGCCUGGUCCAGGCGGAGCUGGAGCACUGCAAGCAGCGCCACUCAUGCCCCGACCGGCUGGUGCGCAGCCGCAGCUCCGACAUUAUGUGUCCCGGCCGCCGGCCCACCAGCGACCCGGGGCUGAACCGACGGACCAUGGUGGAGGAGAGGGACCAGGGCUACUCCCUGGGGCCCACCUCCUCGCCCAGCAAGGACUCCCUGAAAGGAGAGGUUGAGGACAGGAAAGACAGCGACGAUGAGAAAUCGGACCGCAACCGGCCGUGGUGGAAGAAGCGCUUUGUCUCAGCCAUUCCAAAAGUGCUGUAUUGGACGGCCGAGAGUGAAUCACCAGCUCCCAUCGCCGCCUUCCGGAAAAAGGAAAAGCAUGAGAAAGACGACCUGGCUCAUGAGCGCUCACAACAAGACGAGCCCCUUCAGAGGCCGAGCACCCAGGCCCAGGCAGCGGAGGACAUCCUGGACAAGUACCGCAACAUCAAGAGGACCAGCCCCAGCGAAGACCUGUGUGUGGAGGAGAGCGUGCACGGCUCCCCCAGGGAUGACGGGCUGCAGAACAUGGCUUCAGACGACCUGCUGGACUCUGCCAGCCAGACGGCGCAUCAGCAGGAUGCCAAGUUCUCCUUCAGUGACGCCAAGAAGAAGCUCCGGAUGGUCCUGUGUUCUGCGGACUCUGUGGCCCUGCCCAUCAUGGCUCCCACCACCACCAGGAACGGACUCCCGGACCACAAUGACCCUGAAGACAAUGAGAUCGUCUGCUUCCUGAAGGUCCAACUGGCAGAGGCCAUCAACCUGCAGGAUAAGAACCAGAUGGCCCAGAUCCAGGAGACGACGCGCUGCGUCAGCCGCUUCGACGCUCGCUCCUGCAGGAAGCUGCUGGCUGCCAUCGCUGAGGAUUACAGGAAACGCACGCCGUACAUCGCCUACCUGACCAGGUGUCGCCAGGGGCUGCAGACCUCCCAGGCCCACCUGGAGAGGCUCCUCCAGAGGGUACUGAGAGACAAGGAGGUGGCCAACCGCUACUUCACCACGGUGUGCGUGAGGCUGCUGCUGGAGCACAUGGAGUCCAGGAUGUUGGACUUUAUCAAAGCCUUCCAGGGGUGCACGGCGUCCGACGAUAAGACGGCCGCGGUGGAGGACUUCCUGCGCUACCUGUACGGCGCCAUGGCGCGGGACACCAUCUGGCAGUACGCCAGCGAGGACCAGCUGCAGGACGCUCAGAUGGCCAUUGAGCGCAGCGUCAUGAACCGCAUCUUCAAGCUGGCCUUUUACCCCAACCAGGACGGGGACAUCCUCAGAGACCAGCUUUUCUAUGAACAUAUCCAGCGGCUCACCCGAGUUGUGACGGCCAAUCACAAAGCUCUUCAGAUCCCCGAGGUGUACCUGCGAGAGGCGCCCUGGCCCUCUGCACAGGCUGAGAUCAGGACCAUCAACGCCUACAAGACCCCGCGGGACAAGGUGCAGUCCAUCCUGCGCAUGUGCUCCACCAUCAUGAACCUGCUGAGCCUGGCCAACGAGGACUCGGUCCCCGGGGCCGACGACUUUGUCCCCGUGCUCGUCUUCGUCCUCAUAAGGGCAAACCCGCCCUGCCUGCUGUCCACCAUCCAGUACAUCAAUAACUUCUACGCCAGCCGGCUGAGUGGGGAGGAGUGCUAUUGGUGGAUGCAGUUCACCGCGGCGGUGGAAUUCAUUAAGACCAUCGACGAUCGCAAGUGAAGCAGAACCGCCACCUGUACGGGCAGACUGCGGGGCCGAGCCGGGAGACGGGGGGGGGGGGGGGGGGCCGGCC